AUGAGAUCUCAUCUCGCCAAGCUUCCAAUCCCUUCCAAACCAAUACAACAACAUGACAACUCGGUUGUCGCCAAGUCAACUCAGCCAUCUUGGUCUCCAUCCUCGUCCUCUUCUCUCAACUUCCACUCCAUAAAGAAUCCCACGCAGUCCUAUCCAUCCCUCAAGCGCAGGUUCUCUCUCAUUGCAAACUCCGGCAGCAAAAGUGAUGCUGAGUCUCAACCGGCCAAGAAAUCAACUCGUAGAAGAUCAAAGCGUUGCCGUAAAACAGUCGUACCGCUCGCCAAGUCACCGCUCGAGCCCGAACAAUUGAGUUUUGUUUCUAACACUUUCUUUGAAGAAGAGGGGGCUCUGUGUCUUAUAAUGCUUUCAAGGGAUAAAUGGUCGACAAAAGGGCAAGAAAAAGUUCAAGAAGUAGUCGAAGGAAGCUUAGAUGAUCAUGAAGAUGAAGAUCACAAGGGUACUGAUAAUUACCCGUCAUAUUUGCACGUCACGGCCUCGGGUAAAGUUCAGUUGCGAGACGAGGAUGAAGAUGAGGCACGCGGAUGA